GGAACUGAAGAAAGAAUAGUUCAAAAGCCUCCAUGUUGACCGAGUCAAAAUCCAUGGAUACUGCCAAUUGAUCUGUGUUCCUAUCUAAAACUAAACUUCUGUAUAACUUUUCUUUCCCUAUCAUCCAAAACAGUCUUGAUCCGGACCCGUCUCAGCAUUUUUCCAAAACCAAACCAGGUGUGCAAUUGCAAACAUGAAGUUCCAUAGUUGUUUCUCCUUCUGCUCAUCCUUCCCUAACUCAAGACCUGCCAUCAGUACAAUCAGUACAGGUGAACAAAAACAUGGAAACCUGCAAAUAUUUUCCUCUCGAGAACUGGAGAUUGCUACUCACGACUUCUCUUCCUCAAACAAGGUUGGAGAAGGUGCCUUUGGUUCAGUAUACAUGGGUCAGCUGAAAAAUGGUUCUAUCGUAGCUGUGAAAGUUCUUUCUGUCGAACUUGAAUCAAUGCGUGGAGAGAGAGAAUUCAUAUCCGAGUUAGCUGCACUGUCUGAUAUCAGGCAUGAAAAUCUUGUUAAACUUCAAGGAUGUUGUGUUGAUGGAGCUAACAGAUACUUGGUCUAUGAUUACAUGGAAAACAACAGCUUAACACAGACCUUGCUUGGGAAAGAGCAAAACAGGAUGAAAUUCAGUUGGGAAGCAAGGCGAAAUAUUUCAUUCGGAGUUGCUCGAGGGCUUGCCUAUAUCCAUGAGGAAGUCAAACCCCACAUUUUGCAUAGAGAUAUCAAAGCUAGCAACAUUCUUCUUGAUAAAGAUUUUACACCAAAAGUGGCUGAUUUUGGUCUUUCAAGAAUACUAAGAGACAACACUUCUCAUGUCAGUACUCGUGUUGCUGGAACAUUAGGAUAUCUUGCUCCAGAAUACGCCCUUAGCGGUCAUUUGACACGAAAAUCGGAUGUUUACAGUUUCGGAGUACUGCUAUUGGAAAUUAUCAGCGGACGAUCAGCUGUUGAUUUUGAUUUGGAACUUGGUGAACAUUUCCUCGUUCAGAAGGCAUGGGAAGCUUACAACGAAAACAAGCUUCUACAGAUAAUUGAUCCUAUUCUUAUUAUGAACUUCCUUGAAGAAGAAGAAGAAGAAGAUGCUCUUAGAUUCUUGAUAGUGGGCCUACUUUGCGUACAAGAAAUAGCGAAGCUCCGCCCACAGAUGUCAACCUGUGUAAAAAUGAUGGUUAAUGAAAUCGACAUUAAAGAUAUUCAAAUUUGUCAACCAGGAUGCGUUUCCAAUUUAAUGGGUGUAAAAUUGCAUCACAGCCAGACAUGUGAAAGCUCUUCUUCAUCUAGGGAUGCAACCUACACGAUGAGCACACGCAGUAGUGUAUAUUUUAAAUAAUUCUUGUCUGUUUCUACGCAGAGAAAGGGAAAGAAAUGAUUAUUUAUACUGUUAGUUUGUUUAGUCUAUAAUGGAACAGGAGGGGAGAAAAAGCAAAUAACACAUUGCUAUGGUCAAACUUUUUUAUUUUCAUAUAUGUUCCACGAGGAGUUGCUGUAUAUGAUUUAGAUUGAAAAUUGCAGCCGUUGAAUAUAGAUACAUCAGAACGGAAAUAAAUAAAUAAAAUCGCUAUAAAUUUUCUUCAA